AUGACAGAAGACGAAUCCUUAAUGAACGGACAAACAAGCUACGGAGCAGUUGAGUUGGAAGAGAGAAGAACUGAAGAUAAGAACCAGGGGAAAGGGAAGGGGAAGUUCUUUUAUUUGAAGGUGAUUUCGAUUACCCAUUUCCCUAAUUUGGUGGAUCCAUUGAACUUACGUAUCUAUACGAAUAACAUUAGGUUUGAUAAUAAGAACCGGGAUUCUCAUGAGAAGCCGUGGUCUAAAAGAAAGCAAUUGAUAACAUCAAGUAUUGCCUUUAAUACCAGACCAGGAAAUGCUAAUGUGGUUUGUUUACAAGAGGUGUUACAUAAUCAGUUGGAGGAUAUUUUGUUCAACUUGAACCACGGGAAUGAAGGAGAAUGGACUUACUAUGGAGUUGGACGUAGUGAUGGAUUGACAAGAGGAGAAUAUGCUCCAAUUUUAUUCAAAGAUCAAGAAUGGAGUGUUAUUGAAAACCGGACUUUUUGGUUAAGUGAAACCCCCGACGUCCCCAGUAGAGGUUGGGACGCUGCAUUAGAAAGAAUCGUCACCAUGGUUACUUUACAAUCACGAGUUAAUCCAUUAAUCAAGAUCAAUUUUUUCAAUACCCAUUAUGAUCAUAAAGGAAUCGAAGCUAGAAGGAAAAGUUCUUUAUUAAUCAUCGAUAGAAUGACAAAUUAUAAUGAUUAUCCAUCAUUUUUAUGUGGAGAUUUCAAUACUCAACCAACUGAUGAACCUUAUCAUAUUUUAAAAGAACAUGGCUUCAAAGAUAGUAGAACUUUGGCUGACUCUUUAAACAGCUACGGACAUUGGUCCACUUUUACAGGAUUUGAUAAACAUCAUGAAGAUAAUACCAUCAUUGAUUACAUUUGGGCACCUUACUUUGCCAAGAAUGGCAAUAAACCUGUUUCUCAUGAAUUGAAUUCCGACAUUGCUGAUAUUAAUUAUUACAAUGUCAAUCUUCACCAACAGUACAAUAUCGUCAUCAAGGCUUUUGGAAUCUUACACAGCUAUUUUGAUUUCUACAUGAGUGAUCACCGUCCAGUGGUUGCUGAUUACAUAGUUGAAAGAUCUUUAUGUUUACAAGUUUGA